CCUUCCAUCCCCUCCGCAGUCACAGCAAAUAUGGCAUCUGGGAGAGUGACUCUAAUAACAGUAUUUUUCUGGCUGUGUUUGUUUGGAGGCCUUUGUGAUCAGAAUGUCUAUCCUAAAGUGGGCACCCUCUUUGUGCACAAGCUGGAUGCUGAGGAUUACCAACAACAAUUCCUGAAUAAAUCAGGUAAUGAGCGAAUUCAACCUAUCUCUGUUCAUGCUAACUUGGAAGGGUUCCCAGACUUGCCUGGAUGGCUGCGUUAUACCCAGCGUUCCCCAUGGCACAGUGGAUAUCUAUAUGGCUCCCCAACUAACCCAGGGAAACAAGUCAUAGAAAUCAAAGUGUAUAAUAAACACACAUUUGAAAUGCUUCGAGAAAAGAUCAUUUUCCAUAUCCGUUCUGCAGAUGAAGCGCCACCCCCGUUCCGAGCUGAGUUUUUGGUUGAAAACAUGGACGUGGAGGAGAUGCUGCCACCAGAAGCUCAGCACAACUUUCAGGUUCCCCUACUGGCGGUUUGGGAUACCCAGAGACUGUCUAUCAUUAAUAUCACAUCAGCAUUGGACAAAGGAGGAAGGGUACCUCUCCCACUUCCAGGACUUAAAGAAGGGGUCUUUGUAAAUGUGGGAUCUGUUGUCCCUUUUCCAAAGUGCUUUACAGACGCCCAAAGUCCCGAGAUCCGACAGAAGUGCCAGCAGGGACAGAAGCCGAUGUUCUGCCAGGAACUUCUACGAAACGACUUUGUCAUAGACUGGUGCAAUGUGAGCUUGGUUGAUAAAUUGGAGCCAUCUCCCUCUCCUCCUAUCUAUAAAGCCCUGGAAUUCGAAGGAGACUUUAAUCCGCCUCCUGACACCCUGGAGGAAAUCAACUACCUCCCUGCUUACCUGCUCACCCUUUUACUUCCCACGCUGAUCGCUCUGCUGCUGUGUCUGCUGCUCUCUUACAUCAUGUGCUGCCGUAGAGAGGGGGUAGAGAAGAGAGAUGCCAAUACAGCUGAGCUCCAGUUGGUUCAUCAGCAGUCCAUCUUCUCCAACACGGAAGAACUUCGGAAGAUGGCUGCCAAUCGGGAUGUUCCACGACCACUCUCCACAUUGCCAAUGUUUAAUGCUCGAACUGGUCAGAGGACAUCUCCAAUGGAUAUAUCAGGUGACAGUGCCCGCGUGCCUCUUAUCCUGUCCCAGCAGUAA